UUACACCUCUUGUUCCAUCGUUAUAUCAUACCGAUGUACCGUUUGUCGUGAGAACGAGUCUUCUCACCUGUCACCGGUUCUAUCCUCCUCGCGAAUCGACGUUUCUUCAACGGAAGCUUUCGUCGAACGCAAUAAUCAAAAUACAGUAUAGAGAAGGAAUAGGGUUAGCUUGAUAAUUGGAAGAUAUUGAGAAUUAAUCGUCACUUCGAAGGAAAAUUUUACAUGGAUCUUAACCUAAUCAUGCUAAUUCGAUUAAUUAUUAAUUAAAUAAAAAAUAUAUUUCUUUCUAAUGAAAUAAAUCAUAAAUAAAUGAAAAUAUAUUUGUAUAAUGUAUAAAUAAUAUGUAUAUAGUAACACAUAAUAAAAGCUUGUCUCAAUUUAAAUGAAGGUAGAACAAUAAGAUAAAACAAAUUUGAAGAACGAAUAUUUUCAAGUAGAAGACGCAAUAAUCUUUUCGUCAAAACGAAAGAAUAAACACAGGAAAAUCUUAAAAUAUUUAUAGUUUUCUGUCUGAUUUCUUCGUCCGUUCAAGUUUUGCUUGGUAAUCAUGCGUGUGAUGAAUGUCCUGAGUAUGCCACGCAUGGUAACAACCCAUACUGGAUCGCGUGUCGUUCAUCUCUCGUCCUUCGUGAAUGUAACCGUGGACACGCGAGUUCGUGUUUAUCAUUAACACAUGUGCAGAAUUAUUCUUUUAUAAGAUUAAUAGUGACAUACAACAAAUGCUGCCUUCCUAUAACGUAAAUAAAAAAAAAUUUUCAAAAAUUUAAUUCUUUCAAUGUAUUAUGGCUUUCAAAAAAAUUUUAAUGUUUUUUGAUUAAAAAUUAUCAUGAAAUCAAAUAAAUCAAAUAGUCAGUUACAUCGCAUAGUUUUAAUUUUUUAAUACUGAAAAUUUUUUAAUAAGAAAGCCAAAAUACUAUUAUUGAAUAUUCAUAAUAUCAAAUUAUCAAUUUUUUUAUUUAAGAAAUUUAAUUUUCAAACAAAGAACAUCAAAGCUUUAAUGUACGAAAUAAUUUUUCUAAAAAUCAAAACAAAUCUAUAUCUCUAAAUUAUGUCAGUCUUUAAAUUUAAUUUUCUCGUGAGAAAUACUAAAAUCCUAACCUAAAAAAAAAUAAAAAAAAUAAAAAUGUUUCAGUAUUUCAAAAUUAUUGCAUAAAAAGCUUUUAAAAACUGGCGAGAGAAACACGAUCAAACGAAUCCCUUCAACGAUGACCUUAAAAACAUAUCCUGACCGAGAUAUCGAUUCCGUGCUACGAAACUGGAUCAUUUAAAUCAUCGAUGAAGACGAGGCGACUUGUCGGUGUUCUAGACGUGGAAACGUCUCUGUUGGCCUGUUACUAAUUUCAACACGACCGGUUGAUUUCAAGAGGAUAUCGAGAAGGACACGAAAAAGGGGUCUGUGAUAGUUUUCUAGCCGUGCAGCUGCACCCGGUGCAAGCUCUGCUGUUCGAUAACCGAGGUGCAACGGCCGUCGGCCCCAAGAACGUAUCUAGGCCACCGGCACCAGCAUUUCCACCACCACCAACCACCACUGCUAGCACCAUCGAUAUCAUUGCUACUUCCACAAUCAUCGCAAACUAUCGUGUAUUAAAAUACUGUGAUAUCAUUCUAUUGUUAUAUAUAUGAAAUAUUUGGAAAUCAAACUUGGAUCAAUUCCAAUUUUAUGAAAAAUUAUUUAUUUUAUUACUAAAUAUGAUUAAUGUUUGAUUUUUUCAAGAAUCAAUGAUCGAUGAUUACAUUGAUUCGCAAUAAUUGAUUAAAUUGUUUUAAAGAAAAAAUACUAACACGAGAGAAAUUAUAAAUAAUAUAUCAAGUUCAAAUUAUCAAGUUCUUUUUAAAUUCUUAUUAAAUAAACCAAACAAAUCCAAUUUCACCGUCAAUCAACACUAUUUUCACGGUAAAAAGCAGGCAAAUAAACUUUCAUACAAAGACUUCGUGCCAAGGACGCGAUCAUUAGUCGCACUUGGAGACACAAGUUUCCAUUUAACAUCAACGUUCUCAUCACCGCCUCUAGCAUCGAUCGUGAUAAGAAAUAAUAAUAGUAAAAAGAAUCGGAAUAAUAUAUUUCUUCAGAAGAAGAAAAUAAAAUCUACUAUAUAUGUAAAAGGAUAUAACGAUUGCCACGUGUUGAACGAUAACCUCUUUGCCAUGGAAAUGCGACGCGCUCGGCUCUUCUUUGUAAACGUGGUAGAAAAAAGGGAUGCUCGCGGAUUGAUCGAGAAAAUUAAAGCCAAGGACAGAUUGCAACCUAUCUUUGAGAUCGUAGAAGAGGGUCGCGUUAUUGCUGUUUUAUCCUUUUUGCCGUGGCUACUCAACAAGGGGGUUUCCCUUGUUUUUCUCGGAUAAGUUGCUGAACGUUACGAGUGAAAUAAGAUGAUAACGGCGUUGCCAGUACCCUCCGUGAAGGUCUUCCAUAAAACCUAUUACCAGGAGAAAGGAUCCAGGAUAGGGAAUAGUCAACCUGGAAGCCCUUUGGCCGAAAGCGAAGCAGUGCUGGCGUUAGUUGAUAAGGAACCCCCGGAAUAUUAUUUCUGCGGCAAGGUCAAUUCGUUGCACGUGGUGGUCGGAUCAUUGCUGUUGGGCGCUGUGGUGUUGGUUGUAGGCUUGGUGCAACUCGCGCCCGGGGCAGAAGCUGCACAAAACUCGACCGCCCUCAUCGUCGUUGGAUGCAGUUUGCUCGUGGUCGGUGUUUUCCUCGCGCCCCUCAGAGCGCUGUGUAUCAAGAGACAGAAGGCUGCGCAGAAGGAUGGGACGCAUCAAAGAAGCGUCACUAGUAUAGACAUGCUGUUGGCUCAACACAGAGAUUUCACGGUCCUGACACCGGACGAGUUGGAGGAUCUCGUAGGCCGGCCGACCUCCGCUCUCGAGAACAAAAUCCGCAAACAAGGCCAGAAUACCUAGGUAUUGCCGGCCUCGAAGAAGGCCCAUCCAUCCUCGCCAUCGUGCUCGAACACGCCAUCGUCAUCGACGUCGCCAGGAACUAGCUCAUCCAUCCUCUACACUCAUCGUUACGACUCUCGUGAACACAGUCUGGUUUAAGCAAGAAAAGAAAAGAAAAGGGGGAGGGGGGAGAAAAAGAAACAGAGGGAUAAAAAAAAGAAAAAAGAAAAAAAAAUAGAAAAUGAAAAAUAAAUACAAGAAAAAAACAGACAGACUGGCGUACUGGUGUCGGUUCGUUCAACUUUUUAGACAGAAAAUUCAAUUCUCGAUGCAACACCCGUUUCCCUCUACGAAGAUGUGUCUACGCUCGCCUUCACCUUGGUGCGAGGCGAAAGUUGAGGAGGAAAGAAGGAAAAAAAAAAAAAAAAGAAAAAAAUAUCCUUGAAAUUUUGGAAAUUUCACGGGCGCAAGAACGAGGUGUAUGAGUUUUGUCCUUUUAAUUGAUAAACACUCGCGAUAGGAAAUCGCCUAAAAAAAAAAAAAGAAAGAAAAAAAAAACGCCAAGUUCUUUCCGGAUUGUCGUUGCUUCGCGGACUCGGGGUCCAAUUUUUCGGAAUAUAUUGCACAAAAGAUGGAUGGAUCUUGGAAAUGGGAUCGAAGAAAACUCGACGACAGGAAGAUUGCCAAUUGUUGAUCAAGUUCAAGUCUUGAUCCGCGUGGAGAAAUCAAUAAGACGAUGAUGAAGAAGAAAGAAAAAUGAAGCAAAAGGGACCUAAUUAUGCGGCUGCCUUCCUUUCGAUCGUCGAUUUUUUAAAAAUCUCUCGAUUCUCACCACUUAGGAUCUUUUCUUCUCGAGCACGUGCGGAUGUUUCUUUAUUUGUUUCAACUGGCACGCUUGCUUCCUUGCUCGCGAACGAUCCUGUGCGAAUGUUUUAUCGAGGAUAAUAUAGUAUAGUAAGUGUGUUAAGUAUACAAAGUCAAUCUGAAAGUGGUCGUUCGUUGGCACGAAAAUCGUUGAAUAAUUGUGGAAAUGGAUGCAUGUUUCACGAAUUACGUUUCAGCUUUGCAUUUAAACCCAAUCUGCGAGUCGCGGUCAAGAGAGGUUAGAUUUUUUUUAUCAAUGACUUAUUUUUUCACUUGCUAUAUUUUAACGUAUAAUUUCAUUAACCAUUACCAUAUUUUAGAGAUACGAUAAUGCUCUCGAUUUUACUUUAUGGAGAAGAAAGUAUCGCAAAGUAUCGUUCGAAGAUAUUUACUAUUUAUUUCUAUCUUUUUAUUCUUUUAGAUUGCUAUAUUUUGCGUAAUGAUAUCAUCAGGACGAUUUCACUUAUCUUUCUUAUGGAGGAAAGUAUUUUUUAUUUUUAUUUUUCUACUUUUCCUUAUUUUUAUCCUUAUUUAUUUUGUAUUUUUCUUUCCAUCAUGUGCGAGGAGGGCGAGUUAUUUUGAAUGUAUCACGAAAUUGGAUCGCAACUCGGGAAAAGAUUGAAAAAAAAACGCUGCAUUAAGAGGUAAAAAUAAGAGUAGCGUUUUCGACACGUGAAAAAUAUCUCGUACGAAAUCUUAAGGUAUCUGCCUUUCUCGUUGCACUCUCUCGUUCAAGACUGUACCAACGAUGAAACUUCGAUCGUUAUCGAGAAGUUCGUAUAUACACAAUUCUUCGAAGAAUCUUCGACAAUGGGAAGAAAUAGAAGAAGAAGAAGAAGAAGAAAAGGAAAAAGAAGAAUCACGAAAUUGUCCGUGAGAGAGACAAUUUCGAAGGCUGCUUCACGGCUAACGAACGCUGAAAAUUUUUCGAUUGUUCGGGAGAAGCAUCGUUUACCACCAAAGAGACCAAAAAAGCAAUUUCGUUCUUCGAGACUUCAUUGUGUUCAAAUCGCCAAGAUACAAGUCUGAUUCUGAAGCACGUUAAUUAAUCGUUUAAACGUUAUAUUAAAAAGAAAAAAAAUAAAUAAAUAAAAAAAGUAAUAUAAUAGAUUGAUGAUGUGCCGCUGAUGUGAGAGGAAAAUUGUAUAAUCAAUCGCAAGUUUUUUCUAUGAAAAUUUAGAUUAAUUGAUUACUUCAUUGCAACAAUCUCAUUUCAUGGAAAAAAAUAUAUAUACACACAUAUAUAUAUAUAUGUACAUAUAUUAUGCAUGAAACGAAAGAGGAUAAAAGAAGAAUGGAGGAAAGGGAAGAACAACGAUAGAAGUGAUGCUUAAAAUUUGCGAUUUGGAAACGAUCAAGUGAAUCACGUAUGUGUACGUAAGUAGCUUGGAGCGGCCUUGUUAUAGUCAACAAACACCCUGCAGAAAUUCGCAGAAUAUUUUUAGUCGGGUCUCGAUGCACCCGGUUCACUUGCCAGUAAUAACAUUUAAACGAAUAAAUUCUCACACUAACGUAUAUCUAUCACCGCAUGAUGUAUUUGCACAUAUCUUCGAAAUAUUAAGUAGUAGCUGUAAAAACAAAUUUUCGAGGAAAAAUGGGGGAGGGAGGAGGAGAGGAUAUUUUGAAAAGUGGAACAGUGUGACGAGAGUCGAUGUGCUCGAAGAGGAGGCUUCUUAAUCGAACAGAAUAAUCAUAUCCAAUUUUUGACAUUUUGAUCCUGUGAAAUGAGAAAGAACUCGAAGAAACGAGUUACAACUUACUUCAUUGAACCAUCGUUUAAGAUAACAAUGAUAAUUUAGCAUUACCUUGAAUAAUUUCUUUGACAUCCAUCUAUAAAUCACGUAAUCAUAGCAUAGAAGAGCACAGUUACUUUCAAAUAUCGAGUUCCUGCUAAAUUAUCACUAUAACGUCUUGUCAAUACUCUGUCUGUGUUCGAGACAAGUUUUCAAAAAGAGAAAAAGAAUAAAAAAAAAGGAUGAGAAAUGGGUGAACAAAAGAAGUCUAUAUAUAUAUAUAUAUAGAUUUACUUUGGUAAAUAUAAUAUUUGGAUAGUAUAAAAAAAAAGAUAAAAUAUAAAAAAACGUACCAAGUCGAUCUCAAUCGAGAUAACUUUGUGUACGUUCUAAUUAAUUAAGCUAGUGAAUUUUACGAGCGACGAUAUAUUUCAUAAAAUAUUUUUAUGAUCGACGAAAUUAUUCGAGGGAAGAAUUUAAGGAACAAAGCGAGAAGAAAGGUUUGCGAUAUAUACAUAAAUAAUAUAGACAUAUACGUAUACGUGUGUCUUUUAAAUUAGUAAUUAAUUUCACGGACUGUUUGUAUACAGAUAUAUGACGAUUACGAUAUGCGCUUGGAUCGAGUGCACAGGAUUUUAUGUGCUUCAUUGGAACACCAAGAUUCGUUGAUUCUUGAUUCACGACACAUGUUUCCAUCGUUUUCAUUGAGGAUAGGAAACUUGAAACUUCGAAACCUAUGUAAUAUUAUCUUGAUCAAUAUACUUAAUUUCACUUUCAUCAAGGUAAGAUAUUAAAAGACGUUUACUAUUGCCUUACUACAAUUUAAAGAAUUUUUCAAAUCAAAAUUUGUUAUGUAAGGUUUUAAAUAAAUAAAAAUUGACAAAAGAAUUCUUCUUUAAAAAGAAAAAGAAAAGGAUAAAAAGAAUAAAAUAAGUAUUUUAGGUUUCUGAGACCUUUGAGAGUUCCACUUUGUCAAAUUUCGAAAUUUCAAUUUCUAAAAUAUCAAAUAUCUCAAAAUCAUCUCUUGGCAUUGUUAACACGAUUUUCUUCAUCAAAAAGAGAUUCACCAUUGUUUUCAAAAAUUCUUCAUCGUGUAACGAUACUUAUGUUAUAACAACGAGGGAUGAUAGAGACGAAUGGAACACGGUUCACCGUCCAAUGAAUGGCAAUGUGAACGAAAUCGUGGAACAAUGAUAUAUAACGUUCUAUUCCAAUAGAAGGAAAAUGAAUAAAGAAACUCGUGGUUUCCGUUUGAAGAUAUAAAUUAUUAUCACGUGUGAGUCAAAUUAUUAUGAUGGACGCGUCACGGGCGAAGAAUGGAGGUCGCGAAUGUUUGAAACAUACAGGAAUAUUUAAUAAAUGAUGUGCUUCAUAUUACGAAACAUAAAUCGAUGUUUAGGCUUAAUCCGUAGGCGUUAAGGCUGUUCUCGUUCGUGUGUGUUAAAAAGAAGGGAAGUAGUGAACGAGACUCUCGAUUGUUGGAUUAAACGUAUUGUCAAAUUUAGGGAUAAUUGCUCGAGAAACGAUCGUGUCGAUCUCAGAAAGGCUGUUAGAAUCAUAUUUCACGUUUUCUAUUUCAUAAUAUAAAUGGUAAUUAUCAUAAGAAUCUGGAUUCGAUUCACUUUAUACGCCCAGACUAUUAUUGAUGAUUGUUUUUUUAUUAAAUGAUUAAAUAUUGUAUGAUAAUUAAAAAAAUUAUAUCUUAUCUAUUUGAAAAUAUAUAUAUAUAAUUAAAGAAUAAUUAAUAUAUAUAUAAUAAAUUCUGUUGCACUGAUCAGAAAUACAUUUAUAAAUAUUAAAAUACGAAACGGAUAAUAUUGGAAAAUAUUAUUACAACAGAAAUGAAUAUGUAUGUGUCAAUAUCUCUUAAAAGAUUAUAAAUAUUUGAUUAAAAUUUGGCUUACAUCUACAUAAAGUCAUCAAAAUAUCAUAAAAACGUGUACAUACCAAUUACCAUAACAUCAAAAAAAAAAUCAAUCAAAUCAUCUUUUUACAUGUAUCCAUAAUGUACCUCUUUUAAAAAUUAUUUAAUAUUUAAUCUAUUUGAGCGUCAAUUGAUAAUCAUUGUCUGGACGUGUUGAACGAAUUCAGCAACAUAAUCAUCAUAUAUGAAAUAUCUAUAUCGUUGUCGAAAUUUUUACCAAUUUUCUCAUUGAUGGUUAAAUGAUAAUGAUGCGUAUGAUGUUCUUUCCAAUGGGGCAAAAGAAAAGGUGACUAAUUCGCGCUUGUAAAUGUAAUAUUAAAAUAUCAUCAUUUCGAGGAUACGAGUGAACGCAGCUUAGUUAAAUAAUCACAUUUUUUAACGUAAAAAUCACUGAAUAAUUGCGAUCAAUUUCAUUAUCAGUGAUCAUUAAUAAUAAUCGUAACUGUAACGACAAUGUAAGAUUAAACGAUAACAUUACAUAACUAAUGUAAAUUGAUAUAAAUUAAGGAAACAUAGAAUGUGGAUAGACAAUGUAGCGUUCGUUUCGAAUAAUUGUCGAGCAACAAUUCACGCAACAUUUAUUUCCUUUCACAGCCAAUCAAUGAUUGAUGAUUUUUAAAUCGAAUCCUUUUUUUUUUUUUUUUGAUCCUCGAUUAAUGAACUCGUAACAUUCUACACGAACAUGUAACAAUAAAUACAUAAUUUAAUUUAAUUUUCACUGUUUCGCAACAAAUUGAUUAAUAUAUAAGCAAAAACAAUUGAUUUGUUAUAUAAAAUGGACAUUAUCCGAUAGAUUAUCCGAUAAAAAAAAAUAUUUUUCAUUUCAUUAAUUAAGGAUCAAUAAAGUAAAAUGAGUUUUUUUUUCCCCCCCUUUUUUUUUGCAACGAACGAUGAAUUUUAAAGGAAACAUAUCGAGCAAGCGAUACGUAGAUAACUAUUUUUUCAUUGCCAUUAAUAUAUAUAGUUGAGAGCAGUAAAAAGAAAAAAAAAAGAAAAAAAAAAAGAAAAAGAAGGGAAAGAGCGAUUAAAACGACGCUAGAGAUUUUAUGCUGCUACCGAAUAUUUGUUUAUUGUCGAUACGAUAUCCCAUUUCGCUGAGGUUUUCUUCUACAGUGAAAUAACGUUUGCCUUAAUUUGUAAGAUGUUCGUUUCCUUUACAUAUUAUAUGUAUACCUAAAUAUGUAUAUGUUAGGAAAGUUAGGGAGGACGAAUAGUUUCGAUGAAGAAUAAGUAAUAUGAAUAAGUUUCUAGGCGAGCAAACAAUUAUUUUCGAACAUGAGAUAAUUUGUAAUAAAAUAAGGAAAAUGCGAUGGAAAUAUUUUCGGGAGAAACUGUGGUGAUUGCGUGAGAUUUGGAUUCAUCCUAUGUUCUUGAUGAAUAUUCGUUUAUUUUUGUUUUUGAUAGAAGAUUAUUAAAUAUCGUCAUUGCAGAAAUUAUAAUUUUUAUUUUGUAUAUUUAUUAUUUCAAAUUGUAAAGUUAUCGUUUCACAUUUGACGCUUCAGUAAAUUAAUGUCAUGAAUGUCUUAGGACAUUGUAUUUUUCUCCCCAAAAUAUUACUUACAUAGUAGUACUUGAUAUAAAGCGAAUUUGGAUAAAAUGCAACAAGGAAAACAUUAUUCUUAGAUAGUUUUCUUAAAAUAAUUUUACCUUGAAGAAAAAAAAAUCUAAAUUUUUUUAUAAUUCGUAUAUAUAAAAUAGAAAUUUGUUUUAUAAUUGACGUUCAUAUUCUUAUAAUUUUUUACUUCAAUUUAUUAUAAAUUCGUCAAAAUUAACAAUCGUAUUUUUAUUUCUUAAGAAUAAUUCUAAUGAUAAAAGAAACAAAUUUCUUGUUGCAUAUUGAUAUCCAGUUUAAUAUUAAGUCAUUCAACGCACACACUUAGCUGUAAGAAUUUUUAUAAUGGUGCUCUAUGAGAUCAUCUCUGCCGUCAAAUGCCGAUAUCAUCACACGUCACUUUUUAAUGUUAAAACUUUUCUUUUUUGUCAUUUAUGAAAGCUAAAAGAAGGAAUCGAAAGCAUAUUGCACGUAAUACAUCUUCGGCUUAUUCCAUAGAACACCAUGGUAUACGCCGAAUAUUUUUAUUGUAAAUAUUAAGAUACAUAAUGAAAGAUGCGAAAGUGAUAAAAAAACAGGGAUAGAAUGAAUUAAUUAACGUGAAAUAAUAAAUUUUGUUAGUCAUCAUAAAUAUUCGAUGAUCAUAGAAAAUAAUUUUAUUAUUUUUAUUAUAAAAUAAUAGUUUAAUUAUAAAUUUGAAUAUUGAAAUUUAUUAAGAUGAAUUUUAAUUAAAAUUAUCCGUGAAUAGUUUUUAAUCCAUGUUUGAUAAUAGCAAUUGCUAUCGAAAAAACUUAAAAAAAAAAAUUUAUUAAAAUAUUUUAUGCAUAAAUAAUUAACUUCUAUGUUUUUAAUUUUUUUUAUUUAAAUUAAAAUCAAAAUUGUAUUGAAUUGAAUGAAAAUAUUAGUUUCAUUAAUUAUAAUCCUUUUUUACAAUUAGAGUUAUUUAUCUAUGCAUGCAUAUAACCUGUGGCUGAAUUUAGUCACGAAAUUCAAGAUUAUUAGAUACGAAUUAACAGGCGCUAUACGUCACUCAGAAAUUUUAAGAAAAACGGCUUAAUGCAAAAAAAUUUUGUAAUGGCAUGAAUUCGUAUUGUCGAUUAAUACACGUAAUCGAGAAAGUUUUAUCGAUAAGCUUAAAACUAGAGAUAAUUUAUGGAAUAAUAAUAAAACGUUCACGAUGGCGUAAUUUUUCAUCGUAUAUUCAUCAUAAAUCUACUUAUAUUAUUUCACUACUAAUAUUAUUUCCAUAAUUCAAUUAUUAAUAGUUAAAUAUCAUUUCAUAAUGAAUUUCAAAGAUAAAAAUAAUUUCAAAUUUAUAUGUAUAUAUAUACAUUUUAAUUUUUUAUUAAUGAGUUUCUUUUCUAAUAAUUCAAUAAUAUAGUCGAAGACUUAUGAUUAAUAAAGAUAGCUCUCAAGAACCAACUGGGAUAAAGCAAACUUUUGUAACGAAAAGUUUAGUCUGUUUUAUCACUGCCAGAGAGUAUUUGAAAAAUAAUAUAGGCUUCCUAAAAAAAAAAAAUGCAAAUAUUGAUUACAAAUGUAAUUUGUUUAGUGUAUGCAUGCUUGAAUUUUUAUUUUAUGUAAAAUUUUGUGCACAAGUUAUUUUGGUAUAUAAUUAACAAAAAAAUAAAAGUAAAAAAAGAAAGUAAAAAUAACCAAAUAUCGAUGUUCCCUUUCGCCAUCGUAAACGUAUCAAAACUGCUACUAAUGGCUAUUAUAUAUUAAAAAUAUUUUAUCUGAAAUAUUAUUAUCUUGUCGCUUAACAGUUAUGUUAAUCUGUAUAUUUUGUAAGCAAAGAUUAUCAAUAGCAAUUAAUAAAGAUACUAUUAUGACAGAAAA